AAGCCCUGUUUCUGCAAAUUUUCAAUUUUGUUAGGUAUGAAAGCCCUUUCCAAUGCUAUCGUCAUCAUCUUUUGAUCUUCAAAUUUGACUUUAUUUUCAUCUGUGAUGUAAACGCCAUCAAACAGAUCAAUAGAAAAAAAUCAAGCCAAAUACUAUCCCCUUUCAACCAGCAUGGCAUGAUUCAUAUUUUGUUAUGGAAAUUUUAGUUUUUAGCGUUUUUUUUACUUUCAUAAAAUUUUUAUCUCUGAUGUCUGUUCAUAAAAUUUGCUAAAAGCAAUUUCUUAUUUAGAACUAGUACCAUUUAUCAAGAUUUGGAGUGGGAGUUUUAUUUUUAUUUUUUACAUUUUCCCCCACUUCCUAUAAGCAUAGACAGUCACUAAAUAUAAACUUUUUUCGUGCGUGAUUCACAUUCAUAAUGCAAAAUCAUGGUAAGUAAAUGCGUCUGUUUUUAGAGAAGUUUACAUCACAGAUGAGAAUAAAGUUAAAUUUGCAAAAGGUCAGGCAAAGAACUUUGUCGAGGCUGUAUUAUUUGGAUAUGUAAUCUUUGAGCACGGGAAGUCUCAAAUUUUUAUAUGUUUUGCCACAAUCAUAGAGGCAUAAAUUUACAACAUCAUCAGUUGGGAUAGAUGCACCUUUUAAAAGGGGACUACCAAAUCUCAUGAAUAGCCGCAAUUGUUUUUAUAAACCCCAGGUCAGUUUUACUUUAUUUUGAAUUGUAAUGUAUUUAAUUGAUCCAGAUGAGUUGAUACGAGCUAAGAGGAAUAACUAGCUGAACAGAGUGAGGUUUUUAUUGGAAAUGCUAUAAUGGAUGAAGGUCUUGAAGGGGAUAUUAAGAAAAAAAAAGAACAUUUUUUAAUUGUUAGGUGUUAUCUGUUAUAAACAAGGGUGUGUUUAGAAUUGCUGUGAAGUGCUGUGGUAACCAUGACUGAAGUUGUGACUGUUGAACUGUGCUGUAGCUGUGGUUGGUGUUUGGUUAUUUAUUUAUUAAAUGUAUUAUAGAUGAAAUAUAAUAGAUUUUAUUAAUUAUUAAUUAAAAUUUAAAAAAAUUCCACCGUCAGAAUGUUAGGUUUCUGAAAAAUUAUGAAAGUGUUUAAAGGGUUUGGAAAGUGAUGAAGAAAAAUUAUGAAAUAGAGGGAAUUUUGCGGAAGAGGUGAUGAUGGUGGUCGUGAAACUGCAAACACCUCCAGUUGUGGAAUGAAUAGGGAAUGCUCUAAUGAUGGUGCAGCGCGAAUGUAUUUACUAUUUGAUUCUGAUGAAAUAUCCAAGCUUGCCUCAAUCCAAGGUGAAGAAGUUAUUCUCAGUGUUAGCGAUUAUGAAGUUCUUCUAUUAAUCUACUUGGGUUCUUAUUUCUCGUUAUGGUUUUGGUAAUAUCUAUUCAUGAUUUAUCAAAAUUUCCUUGAAAUACUUCAAGACAAAUGAAAUGGGGAAUAAGAUUUAUUACUCAAUGUUUUUGACAACAUCUAUUCAUGAUGUGUAUCAAAAUUUCCUUUGAAAAUUAUUAUUACAAAUUUUAGAAAUUAUUACCAUCUCUGCGUUUACUCUUUAUCUUUACAGAUGAAAUGGUGAAGAUGGGGAAGAAGAUUUGAGAUUUAGAAAUUUCACCAUAUUUUUACAAUUUUUAGCUCUUGCACUGUGCUUUCCAUGACUAGGGAUGACUAGGGGGGUGGCAAGAGGGAGAAUAAUAUUGUUCCUGGCUUCAGCUCCCUCAAACUACUGGACCUCAAGUCCUCGUGGGGAAUUUUGGUGGAACAAAUUUUCCUAUUGUUCCUAACCAUUCCAAUAAUGGGCAUCUCUUCUCUAUAAAUGCUUAAAUCAAACACAAUAUUUUAAUAAAUUCAAGAAAAUUUA